CCAGUGAUGUGAGCUUAGCUUUAAGCAUCUUGUUACUCAGUUAUCCUUUUUAUUAUUAUGUUACCUACUAAGUUCAAGUUGAAUAAAAAAACAGUGAAUUGGAUAUCAUUUACUUCAUGAUGAACUUUUAAAUGUGAUUUAAUUAAACUGUACGUAUUUGUAUUAUGCUUGUGUCACAUUAUUUUAUCCCUGGAAUGUUUUUAUUGCGAACUAUAUCUUUUAAAUUAACUUUCGGAUUUCGUGGUGUGGAUUCAUUACUUUCAUUUUUACAUGUCAAUUUUCGUUGUUUCUCUCGAAGGUAAUGAAAUAAAAAUAAUGUUAUUCUAUUCACUAAUUUUUCAUACUCAGUAAUAACAGUAUGAGUGGCUUGAUUUUUCCAUCACUUGAAGAUUAGUUGAUCAACGGAGCUCAUUUUAUGGAAAUUGCUACCAAUUGAGAAUGCUUCUAUCGCUUAUGAUCGUUGUUAUUUUACUGUACAUUCAAUUCAAUUUGGAGUUAAUUUAUAAAAGUGUUUAAUUGAUUUAUAUUACAAUAUGUCUGACGACGAUAUUGCUAUGGACUCAAUAGAUUCCGAUGAAGAUAUUUUUAGUGCUCACAAUUCUUCUCUUCGCAAUAAUGUACGACGAUCUAAAAGUGCCCGUACAUUGCGAUCACACUCUAGCAAUAACUCUCUUAUAGCUCGGAAUAAUUUGAGUGUACGAAGAAGUACGAGAAAUAGAAUGCAAACUUACGAUAAUUUGAAUACUAGUUGGAUUUUAGGGACUCAAACUUUAAAAGGAUAUCCGAUGUUUCAACAGCAUGUUUCUUCAUCAGACAAAGAAAUGGCUGAGGAGUCACCCAGUAGACCAAGAGAUAUUCGAGAACGUAUGCCUUUGAGAUCUAGAGAAAAUCAUCAUCCUACGAAAAAUCCGCGACACAUCAGAAAUAGAGAGGAGCUCAGUAAUCGGGAGCUUCGAAACAGAGCUGAUAGAGAACGAGAAAGAGAAAUCCGAAAGACUACCGACAAAGAAAUUGAUGAAAUAGAUCUUCGUCAGCUCAAAGAUCGAUCGGAUCGAAAGUCUAAUGAGAAAGAAACAAAAUAUAAAAGCGGAAAUCGAAGUAAAAUAGUUGUGGCAGCAAGUAAUGAAAAAGAUUCUGAGCCACAAAAGUCAGACAGUCCUGCCAGAUCGAGAGAAGGCCCGAUAACGAGAUUAUGUGGUAUGUUGGAAAAAGAUGAAACGAUUAAAGUUUUGUCAACCAAUAUCAAUGAAGACAGCUCUCACGAAAGUGAUAAACAAGUAGAAAAUGGAAAUUCGGAAAAUGAAAUCGGUUAUGAAGAUAUGUAUACUCGAAUUAAAAGAACUAGAAGAGCAUCACAACGUCAAUUAGAACGAAAUAAAAAGUUAUCAGAGGACAGCGAUUUGAGUGAGUCAUCCGAUUCACCUGGCCCUCGAAAGUACAGCCUUCGUAAAAAGAAACCAACUGUAGAUAGAUUUCAAGCAACUGUAGAGCCGGUUAGACGUUCAAUACGAGCACUUAGAACCGUUCUAAGUAACUCAAUGAGACGGCGUAAGCAUAGAAGCAAAAGUUCUAGUUCAAACGAUUCUAGUGAUUCUGAACCACAACGAUAUGAUAAAAAAAAGUGUAAGAAAGUGAGACAAAAUGCUUUACCGCAAGGUGGCCCAACAGAUAGAAAAGCUGAUAUAAAUCCUAUUACGUUAGAUACGAAUAUUCGAUUUAGUGACGUUGGUGGUUUAGAAUCCCACAUUCAUUGUCUUAAAGAGAUGGUUGUAUUUCCUAUGAUGUAUUCGGAUGUCUUCGAUCGGUUUCAUAUUACACCACCCAAAGGAGUUCUUUUCUACGGACCACCAGGCACUGGAAAAACUCUUAUCGCUCGAGCUUUGGCUAAUGAAUUCAGUCAACAAGGAAACAGGAAAGUUACUUUUUUUAUGCGAAAAGGUGCAGAUUGUUUAUCUAAGUGGGUAGGAGAAUCAGAAAGACAACUUCGACUUCUUUUUGAACAAGCUCAACAGAUGAAACCAUCUAUUAUUUUUUUUGAUGAAAUUGAUGGCCUUGCUCCAGUUAGAAGUACCAAACAAGAUCAAAUUCAUGCAAGCAUUGUCUCGACUUUGCUCGCUCUUAUGGAUGGUCUAAAUGAUCGAGGUGAAGUUAUCGUCAUAGGCGCGACUAAUCGGAUCGACGCAAUCGAUCCUGCUUUAAGAAGGCCUGGAAGAUUUGAUCGAGAAUUAUUUUUUCCUCUCCCCGCAAUGAAAGAACGAUUAGAGAUUUUGAAAAUUCAUGUCAGCAAAUGGAAAAAUCCACCUUCUGAUAUACUUCUAGAACUAUUAGCGGAAAUGACAACCGGCUAUUGUGGAUCAGAUUUACGUGCUCUCUGUACAGAAGCAGUAUUACAAGGACUGAGAAGAACAUAUCCUCAGAUUUAUUUGACUAGCAAUCGUUUGCUCUUGGAUCCCCAACGAGUUGAAGUGAAAAAGCAAGAUUUCAUCGAAGCUGCAUCGAUUCUUGUACCAUCUACUCAUAGAAUUACUCCCACUGUCAGCAGAAAAUUACCGUCAUUUCUUAUUCCUCUUCUUGGUGAGGCGCUUGAAGACUUAAUCAAUGCAGUUAACAUAAUUUUUCCUCAAGGAAUAAAUUCUACGCUUGCAAAAGUAAAAGUUGCCAAAUGUUUAAAUCAUCCAAGAAUGUUGGUCACGUGUGACAGUAUGUCAUAUGGUCAAAGUCCAAAAUUAACUCAAGCUCUGCUUUAUCAAAUGGAGCAUGUUUUUGUUCAGCCGUUGGACGUUAGUACACUUUUUGCAGAAAGUGCCAGAACACCAGAAGAAAUAUGCGUUCAAGUAUUCAAUGAAGCCUCGAGAAAGAUACCAUCAAUAAUUUAUAUUCGUUCGAUCGAUCAGUGGUGGCAAUUAUUGCCAGAAACUGUUAAAGCAGUUUUCAUGUGUCGAAUUACUACUCUUGACCCAUGUCUUCCGGUUCUUAUUCUCGCAACAAGUGAUGUACCGUAUUCUGAUUUAGUUCCACAGUUAAAAAACCUUUUCAGUCGAUCUCGAGGAGAAGUUUAUACAAUAAAAAAUCCUUCUGUUGAACAGAGAUUGGAAUUUUUUAAAUCAUUGUUUAUGGAAAAAUGCUUUCAACCACCUAUUAUAAUUGAUGAUAAAGUUGAAAAACUUGAAGAGCUGCCUGUGGCACUUGAACCAAUACCAAAGAAGUUGACUGAAGAUGAAAAAAGAAUGUUGUAUGAAAAAGAGGAAGUUUCCUUACGAGAAUUAAGAAUCUUCCUCAGAGAAAUUUGUGCUAAAUUAGCUCGAAAUAGACAAUUUUUCAUGUUUACGAAACCGGUUGAUACAGAAGAGGUGCCAGAUUAUAAUGCAAUCAUAAAACAACCAAUGGAUUUAGAGACUAUGAUGACUAAGAUCGACAUGCAUUGCUAUUUAUGCGCUCGUGAUUUUCUCGAUGACAUCGAUCUCAUUUGCAAGAAUGCACUUGAGUAUAAUCCUGAUAGCUUGCGUGAUAAAUCUUCUUUUGGAAUUUUAAAGAGAGAUCCAGCUGAUAAACUUAUACGUCAUCGGGCUUGUUCAUUACGUGAUCAUGCAUAUGCUCUUAUAAAAGCUGAGUUAGAUUCUGAUUUCGAAGAUAAAUGUAGAGAAAUAUCAAAAAAUCGAAUGCUGACAAAAAAAGCGAUUAAUGAAUAUGUAAAAAAUGAAAGUUUUAAUAUUGAUGAAAAAAAUGAUAAAAAAGACAAUCUCUUGAGCCCAAGUGGAUCAGUAGUAAUGAACGGUCGAAAAGUCAACUCCAGGAAGCGAAAAAUUCCUGCAUGGGCUCGUGGUUACGUUAAAAAAGUUACGAAAAAAAAGAAAAUUAUGUUGGAUGAUAGCACAGUGGAAUUGAAUGAGAAACCUUGUCCAGCUUCAUCCACCAAUGGGAUUCGAAACGUUGAUUUAGAAAAAUUCCAAGAGUUCGUAGCGAAUAGAGUACUGAUUGGUGAUGCUACAUUGUAUGAUAAUACAGAAUCGGAAAAUGAUUCCAUAAAUGAAACCCCAAAAGAAGUGAAAAAUAGUAUUAACUGUGAAAUCAUUAAUGAACGAUCAUCAAUCGAUGCAGACGUACCUACGGUAAAUGAACAAAUAUCGAUGGAAAAUGGCGAGCCGAAUGUAGUUUUUCCACGUGAAAAAUUAGAUAAUCUACCUGUAACGGUCGACUGUGAUCAUGAACAAACCAAACUAGAAGAAACGAUUGUUGUAGUUAUUGAUAAAACAAAACUUGAAAAUAUGUGGAAAUAUACCGUGGAAGUUACGAGUAAGCUUUCUAUAGAAGAGCUUUGUGACAUUUACGUACAAUUUAGUAGAUGUGUUAGUUCGUAUGAUCACACAUAUGAUCGAAAAUCACUGCCAAAGGAUUUGCUCAGAAAUUUACAACGGUUUAAAAAUAUUUCAAACAAAACAGCUGAACCUACAAUAGAUGCUGAUAUUUAAAGUCUGCCACUUUCUAAACACUGUAUUUAUUUCCGUAUUUUAUAAAUAAAAUAUUGAAUGUUCGAGUUCUCGAAAUUAAAAAUUUUUAAUAUAAAUUAUUUAUAAUUUUUAUUAUCAA